UUUGUUAUUUUUGUUUUCAAUAUGAAUAUAAUAUUAAGAUCGAUAAUAUGAUGGCAGAGAAUGUAGAUAGUGCAGAAAUAAAAUACACGCUGUUUAUAAACUCAUUUUUGCUAGAAAAAAAACUGUGAAACUAUACUAGUAUUCUGAUUUCAAAUUUGCCUUUAGAAAAACCCAAUUGAUUAACGGUGGCAGAAUUUAUAGACGACAAACUUAAUCGAAUAAUUUCAUUUUGUCAAAGAAAUAAAGAAGCGUUCUAAUGAACUUGAACGCGACUGAGAAAAAGAACAUAAAUUUUACAAGGCUAUAGUGAUUAGAAUACAUUCUAAUGGCGUAUUCUUUUUUAGGUAAAGCCAGACGUAAUAAGUGUCCAUGGUAGACAACGAUAUAUCUGUGAUGCAUGUGGUAAAUGGUAUAAACAUUCUCUGAUGGCGCAUAAACGCAAGGAAUGCGACUCACAAAGGUACUCGUCGGGCUUAGCCUAUCCGUGCAACAGGUGCGGGAAGAUAUACAAAUGGAGAGAAUCUUUGAGUCUGCAUAAACGAAUGGAGUGCGGUAUCGAGCCACGCUUUGCCUGCAAUAUCUGCGGCAGAAAGUUCAAACAUAAGCACCAUCUCAUGAAACACCACAACUCAAUUCACAAAUAUAAUCACAUCCAUACCAUUCUUAUGAUUGUUACAACAAACGAACACGCUAUGAAGGAACAUGAAACGGAUAUUGUAAAAAAAGGUUAUAAUUUUUAACCAUUUAGUUAGGAAAAUAGAGCUGUGAAAAGAACGCAAUAUUUCGAUUUUCUUUGGUAUAUGGCGGCAAUUGAAGGGAGUAGUGGGGAGUGGAGGAUAUGGCCAGCGAACAUCUGACAGCAUCGACGUUUGCUGCGUAUACCUGCAUUCAUUUUCUUUCCGCGUGUGCGUGCAGCCUUGGACAGGAACAAUCGAAAGUUUUCUCUCUCUGGCGGGAGUGAGGUAUCGCCACCGAGUGCCGCAACGGGACUAAACUUUUGGACG